CGACUACUGACAAUUACAUGUAAUCAAUAUGUAAGUACGUAUAGUUAUUAUUAGUAGUGAAUAAAUUAAAAUAUCUAGAAAUUUAUACUACCAUUUUUUGGCUCCAAAUUUUUUACAUGAGACAAGUAUUUCGUUCGACACAUUCUAGUUCCGUUUCUGUUUAAAGCGUCCAACAAUUUGUUUAGUCUUCAAUUAUCGACAAAAAUAUUUUUCACAUUCAUCGAUUCGUGUUAUGAUAAUUGCGAUCUGUCGUGAUACAAUCAUAGCAAAUGUCAUAUACACAUACAUACAAUCGUGACAAAUUGAGAUGCACACAUAUUUCUUAUUUCUACAUAUAUUUUAAUAAAACAAUAAGUUAAUCAGAGAUCAGAGAUAAUUCUAAAUUAAUUUAUCAUCAAAUAAACGUGAGAUACAUCAUCAUACAUCAUCGAGAAAUUAAUAUACACAAAUUCUGCCUUAAAUGGGAAUAAAGUAUAAAGAAGAAAAAUCAAAUUGUUUACAUAAUGAGAGAGAGAUGCCGGAACCGGUUAAGCAGGAAAUUUAUAAUUAAUUCUAAGUAUGAUGAAGACGAUUAAGAUGAAGGUAAUCAUGAAAGUGAAGUUACAUACGUAUAUUAUAUCUUAUGACGUGAUGGAAAUAGGGAUUACACCUCUGUGUUCUCCGAGACAAGCCUUCAUCAUGUUUGUCUACAUAGUAUCUUAGGUAUGCACGUUAUCGCAUUUUUAAAUGUAAGUAGUUGCUUCUAUUCCAUCACGUCAGUUAUAAAAGCGCCGUUCACAGUGCAAUAUUUUGCAAACAUGAGAAACACUGGAGAACUCAAAUGAAAUUAAGUGUUCGAUUUGGUUAUCCAAUCGUCGCGUGGGUAUUUAUCAUUGCAGGAUUAAGUAUCGUGAAAUAAAAAAGAUAUAUGAAAGAUUAAGAUACUCCGAAACUUGCAGUCUUAUUCCGUGAUUAAAUUGUGAAUGGAAGGAGAAAUUAUUGCUUAUUAGAUCGCAUAUAUUAUUAAAUAAAGUAAUAUUUAAAUGCAAAUCAUAAAAUAUAAAUCGUAAUAAAUAUCAAAGCUGAAAUAUUUAAUCACGUAUUAAAGGUGCUGUUAAAUAUUGAAGUGAUAUAAAAAUACAAACUUCUGGCAUUAGAAACAAUUACGAGAAUGGAUCUCAUCUUUUUGAUACUAUGCACUCUUUGCAUUAUUGUGAUUUUCGCAGUUUUGUCGAUAGUGCAUCAUCAGUAUGUUCUUCGACAGAAACUUAAAUAUAUUCCCCAAAUCGAUGGAUAUCCUUUUAUUGGAUCGGCAUUUGAGCUAAUAAAGCUAUCGGACUGUGAACGUCUAAAAUGGUUUAUAUCGUAUAUGGAGACUACUAAAGAAGGGAUAUUUGUACAGUGGAUCGGAAGCAAACCUUUUAUUAACGUGUUUAAACCAGAAUAUUUAGAGCUUAUUUUUCCAAGCACUGUAAAUAUCACAAAAGGGAUGAUUUAUAAUCUUCUGACAGAAUGGUUGGGCUACGGACUUUUGACUUCUACAGGGAAACAAUGGUUUCACGACAGGAAACUCAUUGGGCCAACGUUUCAUUUUAGUAUAUUAGAUCAAUUUGCUGUGGUUCUUUCUGAAAAAGCAGAAAUUCUAACAAAGUGUCUUGAAAGAAAAAUAGAGAAAAAUUCAGGGAAACCUUUUGAUAUUUUCCCUUUUAUUAUCAAUGCUGCUCUUGAUAUUAUUUGCGAAACAGCAAUGGGUGUGGACAUACAUGCUCAAGAAGUCACAACCAAAUAUACAUCAACAGUACAUACAGCUUCCAAGUUAAUAAUGAACCGAAUAAUUCGACCGUGGUAUUGGAUUAAUUCGUUGUACUAUUCAUUGCCUUCAGGAAAACAAUUUAAAUCAGCGCUUAAUGCAUUGCAUAAAUUUACGAUAGAGGUAAUAAGUAAGAGAAAAGCUGAACGAGAAUUACAAAACGGUAAUACAUCAGAGAUUGAAAAUGAGGACAAUGAAUUUAACAUAGGUAAGCGGAAGAGGAAAGCAUUCCUAGAUUUAUUAUUAGAUCAGAAUGCGAAAGACAACAAUCCCUUAACCGAUGAUGAGUUGAGAGCGCAAGUUGACACGUUCAUGUUUGAGGGACACGACACAACCGCGGUCGCGAUGACCUGGGCACUUUUUCUCUUGGGCAAUAACCUCGAGCAACAGGAAAAAGUUCAUGAAGAACUCAAAGAGGUUUUCGGAGAUUCGGAAAAACCAGCCAGUAUGAAGGAGCUGUCGCAAUUAAAGUAUCUCGACAGAGUUAUAAAGGAGACGCUUCGCAUUUUUCCAAGUGUACCUAUAAUCUCGAGAAAACUGGAAGAAGAUGUAAAAUUGGAUAACUAUACGAUUCCAAAAGGUACCGAAGUCAUAUUGGCAAUUAUAUUGACACAUCGAUGUUCGGAGGUUUGGCCGGAUCCAAUGAAGUUUGAUCCGGAUCGCUUUCUUCCGGAAAACUCGAAGCAUAGAAAUCCGUAUGCCUACGUUCCGUUUAGUGCUGGACCGAGAAACUGUAUAGGUCAGAGAUUUGCUUUACUCGAAGAGAAAAUCGUAUUGACUGCUGUUCUCAGAAAGUGGAGGGUGAAAAGCGUGAAAACGCUCGACACGAUUGUGUACGGAGGCUCUCUUAUUUUGCGACCAAACGAAGAAGUACUUAUGCACUUUACGCCAAAGAAAUAAACAUUUUAGUAAAUACAUGCUUUUUUAUUAAAAAAGCAAUUUUUAUAAAAAGAUUAAUAAAAAAAUAUAUAUAUAAUUUUAGUAAGUUUUUUGCGUUAUCCAUUGCAUAUGUACGUAAUGCAUAAUAAUCUUGCAUAUGAUGUGCCACGGAGCACGCCAAAACGCAGAGUUAUGUUUCUGGAUAGUAAAUAUAAUUAGACUAAAUUAAAAUAAUUGAUUUUGGAGGAACUUAUUCUCUGAUUCCAACUUGGGGUGCUAUAUACAUAGCUGUUUAAAUAAUAAUUUCUUUCAUUAUGUUUUAACGUUUCUUCUCGCUGUUGAGAAUUAGUUCAUAAUCAAUAUAUCAAUAAUACAUUGAAAUCGAAUUUUGAUUCAAAAUAUUGUGAUAAAUUAGAUGUUUUUACACAAAUGGGCGUGCUGCAUAUAUCAUGUACAAGUUCUUUUAGAAAUAAAAUGUUACUAGCCUAGUAAAAAAAUGUA